AUGUUAAUACCCAGAGUGCAAUCAGUGCGAAAGCUGUGUUCCAAUAUCAGCUCAAGUUUUUAUGUUACAACUCCCAUAUUUUAUGUUAAUGCUGCUCCUCAUAUUGGACAUUUAUAUUCUGCCGUUAUUGCGGAUACGAUAUGUCGCUACCAAAAACUUUUAGCCAAGCCCGGAGCCACAGUACGUCUGUGCACCGGCACCGAUGAACAUGGAACGAAAGUACAACAAGCAGCUGCCUCACACAAGAUACCCGUUGCAGAUUAUUGUCAAGAUAUAUCAGCCCGGUAUCGUAAUGUAUUCCAACAGGCCGCCAUACAAAAUGAUGAUUUUAUUAGAACCACUGAAGAUCGUCAUAAAAAAGCGGUCUCAAAUUUUUGGAACACCCUAAGUUCCAAAGGUCACAUCUAUUCGGCAAAUUAUCAAGGAUGGUAUUGUGUAUCGGAUGAAACAUUCCUUACCGAUUCUCAGCUACGUGUUGAUGAGGCAACUGGGGAACGAUUUUCAUUGGAAUCGGGUCAUCCGGCCGAGUGGACUGAAGAAAAGAACUACAUGUUCCGUUUGUCAAGUUUACAAUCGGAUGUUAUUUAUUGGUUGAAACAAGGAGGCCGUGUAAAACCUAUAAAAUUUGAAAAAAUUCUAUUCGACAUGUUGUCAGAACCAUUGCCAGAUGUUUCGGUAUCACGUCCAGCGGAACGUGUUAAAUGGGCCAUCCCCGUACCCGAUGAUGCUUCACAAUCGGUUUAUGUGUGGCUGGAUGCUUUAGUGAAUUAUUUAACCUCGGCUGGAUAUCCUGAUCCUAAGUUCCAAUCCUGCUGGCCACCAACGGUACAAGUUAUUGGAAAAGAUAUUUUAAAAUUCCAUGGUAUAUAUUGGCCAGCAUUUUUAAUAGCUGCAGGUCUCGAACCACCAAGUGAACUAUUUGUUCACUCACAUUGGACUGUUGACGGUCAAAAAAUGUCGAAAAGUAAACAUAAUGUUGUUGAUCCACUGGAAGCAUCUGAAACAUAUACCAUGGAAGGUUUACGAUAUUUUCUGUUGCGUGAAGGUGUUCCCCACAGUGAUGGCAAUUAUAGCAGCGUUAAGGCAAUGCGAAUAUUAAAUGCUGAACUUGCCGACACCAUGGGCAAUCUGUUAUCACGGGUUUGUGCCAAAUCCUUGAAUCCACGACAAAUCUAUCCGCGUUUGCAUACAGCCCAGCUACGCGAUAUCAUGACAACGGAAGCAGCACAACAUUUGUUAAAAUCUCUGGAGCAACUUAAAGCCAAAUGUACCCAACACUAUGAGGACAAGAAUUUUUAUAUGGCCGUAGAUACGGUAAUGUCAGCCCUGCAUGCUGCCAAUAGUUUCUUUGAAACUUCACGUCCCUGGGAAUUAAAAUUAAAAACUGUUACCGAACCAGCUAAACGUAGCCUUUUGUAUCCACCCUCUGAUGAGAAUGCCCUGCGGCUGGAGACAAUUGUUGCAAUGACAAUGGACACAUUGCGUCUGUGUGGCAUUGCUUUGCAACCGAUAUUACCCGGCAUUGCUGGUCGCAUGUUGGAUAAACUGAGUGUGCCUUGGAAUCAACGUUUAUGGUGUAAUCUGGAUGAUCAUUUUGGUCGCAUCCUCAAGAAUGAAUGUGAGCCCCCAAUAGAAGCAAGUUUAAGUCGUGCAGAUGCUGUCCUCUUCCGACGUAUCUAUCCCAAAGAAGAUGAUGAUAUUGAACGUAAAGCUGCCCCGCCUGGCAAGAAGAAGGCUAACAAUAAAGCUGCCAAAGAAAAGAAGAGCAGUAAAACCACCAAUACAUCCAAUGAUUCGGAAGGUAGUAAAAAGGUUGCUCAAUAG